AUGAUCCUCUGGGUGCGACAUGUAUCAUUUCAAUUAAGAAGUUGGCUACGAUGUUUGAAUGACGAUCAACAUCGCCAGAGCACCACGACGCUAAAUAACGUCCUGGCGCCGUCGUCGAUGAUCACCUCUGAAUCAUUGCCUCGACCGACUCAGGCUCCCUCAUCAUCAUUUUCACAUUCAACGAUCGGUGGAGGGAAUUCAUCCCAAUUACCAGUAUCAUUAGAUACUGGAAAUCCCCUCAACGAUAAUUUACUUCUGUUGGCAUUGCAGGAGAGAAUUAUGCGUCCCCAACAACCCACCCUCACCCAAUCAGCCACCACUCCCUCCCUUUCUCAUCUGGCGGCUACCAACUCCUCCACCAAUGCCACGUCACUAGCAUCUGCUGAUACGACACGACUGAUACAGCAAAUGUUUCUGGGGCAGAUGUUGAUCCCUCAACUUCCAUCCGCACUGGAUCUGGCGUCGUCGAUGUCACUUCCAUUGUCAACUGCAAUACCACAAGCGAUCACAACUCCCCAACAUGCAUUAUGGCAACAUAGUAUGUGUGCAUGGCCGAAUUGUGAUCAGCCGUGUGAUUCGGUGAUGGCUCUGAUUGCUCAUUUACAACAGGAACAUCCAUGUUGUGAAAGAACAAACGAAGAAAUGCGAACGCAGAUCGAAAAAGUGGAGAGUCUGGAGCACAAGUUGUCAGUGGAAAGAAAUCGUCUGCAAGGGAUGAUGCAGCAUUUACGAAUGAAGCCAUCUCCCGAUACGACGACUCCAAGCCUUGGAAAAAUAGAUCCACAAAGUCCGAUGAGGUCUCCGAAAGUAGAAGGAGCUGCGUUUUCGAUUCAACCCGCCCAUCAGCAACAACAACAACAACAGCAAGUGACACAACAGAUAUCACAAGUUUCCCCCACGUCCGAAGCCGCAUCCUCCCUCCUGAGCAUCGCAGCUUCAGUAGCCGCCUCUACCGCAGCUUCGAACCAGAUGACUACAGUACCUUCCGUCAGUUCGAUGCCAACUUUCAUCAACCAUCAGCUGUCAACAUCCUCUCAACCAUCAUCUCAUCAAGCCAGUGGAUCAAGCGGACCGAUUCUUCUUCAACGAGCAGCCAGUUCAGCAUCAACAGAAACAUCUCCAAAUCCAGAUUCGAAGUCAUUUGUGCCUAGAAGGAGUCGGAUAUCAGACAAAACAGUUCAGCCGAUUGCCACUGAUAUCGCAAAAAAUCGAGAAUUCUACCGAGCUAACGAUGUCCGACCUCCUUACACUUAUGCUUCACUGAUCCGUCAAGCCAUCAUGGAAUCCACGGAUUGCCAGUUGACACUCAAUGAAAUCUACACGUGGUUCACCGAGACUUUUGCAUAUUUCCGAAGGAAUGCCGCAACGUGGAAGAAUGCCGUUCGACACAAUCUAUCCCUUCAUAAAUGCUUCCAACGGGUAGAACAAAACGUGAAAGGAGCUGUAUGGACUGUCGAUGAUUCAGAAUUCUAUAGAAGGAGGCCUAAUCGGUCGUCAGCUACAAGAAGUCAACCGCAGACGCCUCUUCCAGAAGACAUUUCGCAGCAUAGAAUGUUUGAUUCAAAUGCUUUGAGCUCAUUUUUGGAAAUGCAGAACUUCGAUCCGGCCACACUCUCUGGAGAACAAUUUCAGCUGAAUGGCGGAAAUCUUGACAGUGUUUUGUCGCUUCUUGCAAACGCCGAUGUGAACAACCCAUUGCAAAUGCUCUCAGCAGCUGCAGCUGCCGGUAAUCAUUCAGGAAUACUGGAAGGGCAGCAGUUGAAUAAUGUGAAGGAUGAAAUGAUGGAUGUGGUGGAGCAGCAUAAUGGACACACUCUAAAAGUGGCCGGAAACAUUCAAAAGACGACAAAACGGCCCGCUUCAGCGAAUCCAUCAACAGUUUCCUCGUGCUGA